GGAUGCAGUUGGUCCCCACAGGCCCCUCGUAGGCCACAAUUAAAACACACACAGACACGAAAAGAUAUUUAAAAGCAAGAUAUUGAAAAAAUUGUGCGACAUCUUAUUGGGUAAGUAAUAUAUGUGUGUACACAGGAUGGAUGUGUAUGUGAGAUUCUUAUGCAGAGAAAAGGUGGCUGGAAUAUGUUGAAUGGGGAAAGCAGCCAUGCAGUUUAAUGGCGACAUGUACAGUAUAAAUAAUAGUGAUCUGAAGAGUGGGUGGAGUUUUCCAGUCUGUGCAAAUUUACAAAGCAAUGCACAUUUUCCCAGUAAGUCAGAGCAGCACUGAAUACAAUGCUUUGUGAGGAUACUUGAGACUACAUUGAAAAUCGUUUUUCUUUUACUAAAGUAAAUUAAGCUUUAAGGAUUCAAAUACUGAUUCAAAUUACUCGACGAGAAGGAGAAUAGGCUGAGCUAUGGAUUACAUGUAUACAUGUCGCACAACAUGGACAUUUGCUGUGUUGCAGCAGCAGAGAGAACAGUCAUCAGGAUAGAAAUAAGUCAACAUGUAAAAUAAAUAUCAGGAAAUAUAAAUAUAGAAGAAAAUACAGUUUAAGGGACUGAAUGAGGAUUUAAUGCGAAAAUUCUUCAAGUGCAAAGUAAUGGAGUGAAAAUAGCUGCCUUAGAGAUGUGGUUGAAUAAAAGUAUGAAAUGGAAAUAUUCAAGUAAAAGAAGUAUUUCAGUUUGAAACUGGAAAUAUAUGAUCUCCAAGUUUACUCACGCAGCCAGCAGAUGGCGCUACGAGUGCACAAGAGACAGAGAUCAAGGUCUAUGUUAGAAGGUUCAGACAGAAAGAGUUCACUUUCAAAUAACAUGGGGAAAUUGUACCUAUAGAUAAAUAUGAUAUAGAUAAAUAUGAUAUAGAUAAAUAUCGACUUUCACAGCGAUGGUCUCAACAACAAAACCCAUCACAAGACAAAAACACUAUGAGGCCUAAAAUCAAUUUUACCUGCACAAGCAGCCAAGAGGGAUUUGAUCUAGUUUUCUAAACACACGAUAAAUCAACUAACAGACACAAUAAAUACAUAUCAUGGCAGUUUAACCGAAGAAAAACCUGAACCGGUCCACCUACAGAAAUAAAACUGGCGCCAGACACUGAGAUUUGGGGCACAAACAGGUUUUCCUUUGCAGCUACACAAUAUUGUGAUUGUGAGAUGCCAGACAGAAGUGUAGGGGUGUGUGGGUGUGUGUGUGUGUGUGUGUGUGUGUGUGUGUGUGUGUGUGUGUCACUAAAGACAAACACAAUAUGAGCUAUUCAUUUAACAGGCCUGCUCAGAAAGUGGUUUGGCUCAAGCAAAGAUUCUCCACUCUCCUCCCAGCCCGUGCGUAAAAGGAUCCCUGCUACUUUUUAUUCCGCUUGUAAAACGGUGCAUCAAGAACACACUUUUAAAAACAUGCGUAUAUAAUAAAUAAAUAUAUAUAUGGUACAUCCAUCUGGCAGCAGUCUAUGGGCCUUACUAUCACAUUUCUGGAGACAAAAGAAUGAUUUGAUUUAUUUCCCAUACCGGGUAAAUACAGUCUAACCAUGUGGUGCGCAGUGUAACCAAUGAGCAGCCGAGGAGAAGGUAAGGGCAGAAAAAAAAUUACUACCAUUUUAGGGGAGGAUGUAAGCCACUAUACCAGCCCAUCUAACGUUUUACAGUCGCACUUAAGUGUCUUUUUAUUGAAAUAAUAAAAUAAACAUGUCGCUAACGAAUUAUUAUUCCAUGAUGGGGCUCCAGAGCGAGGAGCCGUACGGUGCACAUUUCAUCCCGGGGAGCUUGCAGGGUUCGACGGCCGGCUGCGCCAAGUCAGCCCGGGGAGCCGAGGAGGAGGAGGGGACCCCCGGCUCACACAUUCCGGAUUUUUCCCAUUUUUCCAACAAACCAACGAGUUUAAAUGGCUUCUCCCCCUGGACGAACACCUCCACGUCCUCCUCGUCCCCUUCGCCGCAGCUGCAGUCCGCGCCCGGCGCCUCCAUCCCGGGUCUGUUCCACCCGCAUCACCUCCUGAGCCACCACCACGCGUACUACGGCCCGCAGACGCAGAGCCACGCCGAGCAGCUCGCGUCCUCGGCGGCGUCGGAGAGCAGGUUCGUGCGCUGCUGGGAGGGUGCGACUCCUAGCAGCUCGGACGCGGCGCUGUCACAGUCUCCGGCCGCUUUCCCCGGGUGCCUGCCCGGCCAGGGUGACCUGUCCACCCCGAGCUCCAGGUACGAGGCGGUCAAACCCGAGAACUCGCCUCCUCCGCCGCCACCGCCGACGCACGACAGCCCAGGGGACUCCAGCUUUGCCAGCACGGCCGAGGUGGUGCUGGAGCGGCUCGGCACCGUGGAGGAGCUGGGGAGGAAAGCCGAGCCCAAGAAGGAGGAGGAGGAGAGGAAGACCCAGCAGCAGCUUAACCCGGAAAACCCAUCAGCCAGCUGGAUCCACGCUAAGUCGACCCGGAAGAAGCGGUGUCCCUACACCAAACACCAGACCCUGGAGCUGGAGAAGGAGUUCCUCUACAACAUGUACCUGACCAGGGACCGGCGCCUGGAGGUGGCGGGACUCUUAAAUCUAACAGAGAGACAGGUCAAAAUCUGGUUCCAGAACAGACGGAUGAAGAUGAAGAAGCUGAUGAUCCGGGAGAGGAGGAGCAUAAAUGAAUGAUGGAUUGAGAGGGGAAGGCCGGGGUCGUUUUUUUCCUUCUUCUCUUCUUUUUUUCUCCAUGAUAGGCGAGGAGGUGUUGAGGUUGUAGCUGAUAAAAGACAACGCUCUGCUCCAAGAUGCCCUUUAAACUGGCACGAUUAGCCGCUACAGAGGAUUAUUGUGGGGCUGCCUUGGAGAAUUGCCGUGGAAACUCUGUCGGGAAGACCGAGAUGUGUUGUAACACUUAAAAAAAAAAAAAAAAAAACUAAAAAAAAAACAUUACUCCCAUCAGCGUCUGUUGACCUUUUCAUGUUGUAGAAUUCUUCCAAACGCAUGUUACAAAAACGAAGACAGUCAAUCAACCCGGGACUGUUGUAAAUAACGCCGCAGAAUAAAAAGCUAACAUUUACACAGAGAUCCAUAAAUUGAACGAAAAAAACCCCACUCGUUUGAUAUCAAAGACUUCUCCCAUUUUAGAACACAUCUGUUUGUGAUAAGGUUGUAUAUCUCACAUGUUCUAACUGGAAAUACUUGACACACACUUGAGUUCACAUAAAUUGUCUGUACUGUCGGCCAAAAUAAGAAUCGCAUUUUAUGAUUUAAUGCUAAAACUAUCGUCCUCAUAAAAGCAGCUUUUAGUGUGCCAGACAAGACAGUGCUGCCAUCAAAGAUAAAUGAGUGGUCUUAUGACGGAGCACCUGCAUUUGUAUUGUCUCCGAAAGGUAGCGGCAGAGCGUUUAUAUGGAAUUACAACAAAAUAUUGGUAAAACAAAGAGGAGCCGGACAUUUUAUGACAAAUUAAUGGUCCUAAAAAGGACAAGAAAGUUGAUGGGUUUCAGUUGUAAACAGGAAUAUAAACAAUUGUGCUGAUCUGUUUGCUUGGUUUAAUGUUUCAGGACCAUGAGACACAAAUGAUGUUCUUCAGUCUCAUUGUUUCCAAUGCCAUUCAAAACAAAAAUGCAAGUUUCCCCGUGUUAAAUAUCUGAAAAGAGCCAAUACCUUUUAUUCCAAUUCAUCACAUGUGAAACGCUGCCUCACGUGUGAUUAACCACAUGUGCCUGAAUGUGACAUUUUCCCAUUUGUAAUGGUCUUCCACAUGUGAUGAACACGUUUCGGAGGUGAUGAAUCCACUGAGGGCUCCUUCGUGAGGGACAGAAGCCAAAGUUGUGACAGGAGAAGUGUCAAAAAUGGAAAAUAUGAAGACGUGCAGCUUCAAGCAAGAGUUCAGUUAUUGAUUCUGGACAUUUUCUCUGUGCAAACUAUUGAUCAUAGACACAACGACGUGGUGAGAUGCUGCAGUGACUCCACAUCGGCUCCAUUAACCAACACUGCAUUUAAAUUAUCUAUUUUCCUUCCACAUUGUCAUUUCCUGCUCCGGGCGGAAACAAACACAUUAUCAUAGCUGCACAACAUGAGGCGCUUAUUGCAGUUUGCAUUUAUAACCUUCAUGUGGAAGAUUAGCAUCAACCAAACAUUUAUUCUGGACCUGAACAGUAAAAAUGAACCAUUAGUAUCGGAGUCCUACAAGCUUCUGAUCCAAGAGACGUGUUACAACCAACCCUGGUCUCCCCCAAAAACAAGUCAUCGAAAUGGACUUUCAACGUUUUGUGCGUGAAAACAAAAUAAGCCUCCUUCCUUGUUGCUGUUUUUAUAAAUUGUGCAUGUAUUCAGUCCUACGGGCGUAUUUGUUGUUAUUGUUGGUGUUGUCGUUGUUGUCAGUGUUGCUAUAUGUGUACGUGUUUUUACCGUGGGUCUCAUAUGCAGAUAUGGUCAUGCCCAUAUUCCUCUCUCUCUCUACACACACACACACACAC